AUGGCCUUUCCUGAAGGCGCUGCAGCCCAGAUUCGGCCCCGCGGGCCGCGUGGUGGCGCCAAAGCGCACUGCUGGACCCCUCUUACCCACUGGCCUCGGGGUCACGUGGUACAGGCGGUGCAGCCCGAUGACGCAUGCCCGGCGCGGUUUCCUCCCCGCCUGCCACGAGGUCACGCCUCCGGGGACCCGGGAGCCUCGGGCGCGUCACCCCGCGCGUCCCCGCUGCCACCGCCGCCGCCACCGCCUGGAGCCGAGCCUACGGGCCCUGGUUCGUCGGCGACCGCGCCCGAAUACAAGACGUUACUCAUCAGCAGCCUGAGUCCCGCGCUGCCCGCCGAGCACCUUGAGGACCGGCUGUUCCAUCAGUUCAAGCGCUUCGGCGAGAUCAGCCUGCGCCUGUCGCACACCCCUGAGCUGGGCCGCGUGGCUUACGUGAACUUCCGGCACCCACAGGACGCCCGCGAGGCCCGCCAGCACGCCCUGGCCCGCCAGCUGCUGCUCUACGACCGCCCGCUCAAGGUGGAGCCCGUGUACCUUCGGGGCGGCGGCGGUGGGAGCAGCCGGCGAAGCAGCAGCAGCAGUGCCGCCGCCUCCACACCGCCCCCAGGGCCACCUGCGCCCGCUGACCCCCUCGGCUACCUGCCCCUGCACGGAGGCUACCAGUACAAGCAGCGUUCUUUGUCCCCAGUAGCCGCCCCGCCACUACGGGAACCCAGAGCUCGCCACGCCGCCGCAGCCUUCGCCCUAGAUGCUGCUGCUGCAGCCGCUGCCGUAGGACUCUCGCGCGAGCGGGCCCUGGACUACUACGGGCUGUACGACGACCGCGGGCGCCCUUACGGCUACCCGGCAGUGUGCGAGGAGGACCUGAUGCCCGAGGACGACCAGCGGGCAACUCGCAAUCUCUUCAUCGGGAACCUGGACCACAGUGUGUCUGAGGUGGAGCUGCGGCGCGCCUUCGAGAAGUAUGGCAUCAUUGAGGAGGUGGUCAUCAAGAGGCCUGCGCGUGGCCAGGGCGGUGCCUAUGCUUUCCUAAAGUUCCAGAACCUGGACAUGGCCCACAGGGCUAAGGUGGCCAUGUCGGGCCGGGUUAUUGGCCGCAACCCCAUUAAGAUAGGCUAUGGCAAGGCCAACCCCACCACUCGCCUCUGGGUGGGUGGCCUGGGACCUAACACCUCACUGGCUGCUCUGGCCCGGGAGUUUGACCGCUUUGGGAGCAUUCGGACCAUCGAUCAUGUCAAGGGAGACAGCUUUGCCUAUAUCCAGUAUGAGAGCUUGGACGCAGCCCAGGCAGCCUGUGCUAAAAUGAGGGGCUUUCCCUUGGGUGGGCCAGACCGCAGACUCCGUGUGGAUUUUGCGAAAGCAGAGGAGACCCGGUAUCCCCAGCAGUACCAGCCCUCACCACUCCCUGUGCAUUAUGAGCUCCUCCCUGAUGGAUAUACCCGGCACCGAACCCUGGAUCCUGACCUGAGGGUGCGGGAUAGGACCCCCCCGCACCUCCUCUACUCAGACCGAGAGCGGACCUUUUUGGAAGGAGACUGGACUAGCCCCAGUAAGAGCUCUGACCGCCGAAACAGCCUGGAGGGCUACAGCCGCCAAGUGCGCAGCCGGAGUGGGGAGCGCUGGGGAGGAGAUGGGGACCGUGUCAUGCCCAAGCCCUGGGAAGAGAGGCGGAAGCGCAGGAGCCUUUCCAGCGACCGCGGGCGGACAACCCACUCGCCCUAUGAUGAACGGAGCAGGACCAAGGGUGGUGGGCAGCAGUUGGAGCGAGGCGCUGAGCGCACCCCUGAGCGCAGCCGCAAAGAGAACCACUCCAGUGAAGGGACCAAGGAAUCCAGCAGCAACUCUCUCAGCAACAGCAGGCAUGGAGCCGAGGAGCGGAGCCACCACCACCAUGAAGCUCCAGACUGUUCCCACGGGAAGAAGGCCAGAGACAGCGAGCGUAAUCAUCGGACCACUGAGGCUGAGCCCAAGCCGCUGGAAGAGCCAAAACAUGAGACCAAAAAGCUAAAGAAUCUUUCAGAGUAUGCCCAGACACUACAGUUGGGUUGGAAUGGGCUUCUUGUGUUGAAAAACAGCUGCUUCCCAACAUCUAUGCAUAUCCUAGAGGGGGACCAGGGGGUCAUCAGCGGUCUCCUCAAAGACCACACCUCUGGGAGUAAGUUGACCCAGCUAAAGAUUGCCCAGCGCCUUCGACUGGACCAGCCCAAGCUCGACGAGGUCACACGUCGCAUCAAGCAGGGGAGCCCCAAUGGCUACGCGGUGCUCCUAGCCACCCAGGCAGCCCCCGGUGGGCCUGGCACUGAGGGGAUGCACACGGUGGAGCCAGGCCUACAGAGGCGGCUUCUCAGGAACCUGGUCUCCUACUUGAAACAGAAGCAGGCCGCAGGGGUGAUCAGCCUGCCCGUGGGUGGGUCCAAGGGCAGAGACAGCACAGGCAUGCUCUAUGCCUUCCCGCCCUGCGACUUUUCACAGCAGUACCUCCAGUCAGCACUAAGGACAUUGGGCAAGCUAGAAGAAGAACACAUGGUGAUAGUUAUAGUAAGAGACGCUGCCUAGCCCAGAUGUAUCUUUUCUGACUCCCUGUUUGUGUCACAAAAGCAGUUAUUUUAAAGUCUUGUCCUCUCCCUACUCUAUGCCCUUGGUUUAAAUUCUCUGCUGGGUUAUUUUGGUUCAUCUGGCGGGGGAGGGGGGCAGAGGUCCUGUUCACCACCAAAACUAAAUUUCUAGGUUCUGUUUUUGUUCGUUUUACAGCCAUGAGAAGGGACGCCUGUUAUGUUGAUUUCUAGUGUACGAGAUUCUGUCUGCUGUGUCCUGUAUUUUUUUAUAUUUCAACUAACUGUAUGGAAAGUUGUCAGUAAAGCCUUUGUCAGAAGAUGGAUUUUUAA